AUGCUUACCUCCAAAGCCUUUAUGAAGGUCUUUAUUUGCUUGUUAAACAUUCGUGUUUUUUUACUUUUUGUGCCUACGCUAAUCAUAUUUUGCGAUGCUGCACCCUUUAUAGAACCCACUAAUAAUAAUAAUAAUGAAGAAGAGUAUAUUUUUAGAGAUAUAUUAGGCUCUAAAUUUGAAGGUUAUAAUGGUGUUUUUCCACUAAUCAAUACUCUGAUUGAAAUUGAGUUGGAAACUAAGUUUUACUUUAUGGAAAUCGCAUACUUGCAAAAAAGGGUAUUUAAGUAUGAUUUAGGAGAAAGGUAUGUUGAAAAACAUUCAAGACUGAUAUUAGCAACUGUAACAUCAUUUAAUAAUAAACACAACCAUGAGAUUUCUAUUAAAACUGUGAAAUUUUCUACCACUUACAAAAAUUUUUCUGAAGAAAUUAAGGAACAGAUAGAAUUUUAUAUUGUGUAUGGCCGAUAUAAUACAAGAACAAUUAGAAACCUCCUUCAACCAAAGUAUCCUGAUCAUGUAUUUUUUAUUCAAGACCUAGAGAAUGCAAUUCAAAGAAUUAAACAAGAAAAGGGAUUGAAUUUAGGAGAAAUAGCAUUUCUAUUAAUGAAGCUUCUUAAAUUUAAGUUAGCAGCUCAAGCAUUCAUGCAAGAUAAAAGACAAAAAUCAUACGAAUGGUUGCUUCAAUGUUAUCUUGAA